AUGUCAAAACAAAGUGGUGCUGCCAAAUUGAUUAGAAAAGAAAAGCUACUUAUAUGGGAUGAAGCGCCAAUAGCCAAGCGGCAAACAAUAGAAACUGUUGACAGGAGCUUUAGAGAUAUAAUGGACAUUGAUAAGCCUUUUGGCGGGAAAGUCAUGGUUUUUGGAGGAGAUUUCCGUCAGGUAUUACCUGUUGUCCCAAAAUCUACAAGAGCAGAAACUGUUAACGCAAGCUUAGUGAAAUCAUAUCUCUGGCCUUUGAUGGAAAAGAUCCAGUUUACCAGAAAUAUGAGAGCAAGAACUGAUCCAACAUUUAGUGACUUCUUACUUCGUGUCGGUAACGGAGAAGAGCCAACAAUAAGAGACAAUUUGAUCCGCCUCCCAGAACAAUUGACUGUCAAGUAUGGUAGUGAUGGAACUGCUGAAGAAAGGUUAAUAAACGAAAUAUUCCUAUCGCUGCAAGAAAAUGCAAGCGCUGCAAAAUAUGUAACAGAGCGGGCUUUCCUAGAGAGCAGAAAUGAGCAUGUUGAUAAAUUAAAUGAGAAGUUGAUAACCAUGUUCCCGGGGAAAGCAAAACGUUCAUUAGUUUUGACUAUGUAG